AUGUCACUGUUUUUUUUCAGUGAUACUGGUACAUGGGUCCCGGAAAGUUGCAUUUUCGGUCAGCUGCUGAAUAUGGCUGCAACGCUAAGCAGAACAGCGGCACUGCCUGGAUCUCGGAGAGCUGUUCCCGCCGGUCCCGAACAUAAGCUGGUCCGAAUGUUUAUCAGAUGUCAAUCAAAAGUGCGCAUGCGCGCCAACCCACGCAAGACCGAGAAAAUGGAAGAGGUCCACAAAGCCCGGAAUGCCCUGAGGUUAUUUCACUUGACACGUAUAAGUACCCGCUGGAAACGGCCUGGGAGCGAAACCAUCAAGGAUCGGAGUAGCGUGACCAUUGUCAAUAGAGGACGCCCAGACCGCUCAGCCGAGAACUUUGAGCAACAAUGCACCUGGCCAUCAGCUGUCAUUCAUCCGGAGCCUACAGUUGAAGUACAAUCCUGGACGAUGAACCUGGAAUUUCCCGCGGCCGCGAAAGUUGAUGGCUGCAUAUGUUCCCUCAAUCUCUCCCAGGUUCUUGGUUCGGAUGGCCUACCCACAUUGUUCAAUGACAAGGAUGGAGUCCUCAGUGCAGUGAGCGCAUACCUCUGGUACAAACAAGCGAAUGCUCGACUACUUGUCGGCCUGCGACCACUAAUGCGUUGUCGUUGUCGUACUGCUCUGGGUUUUGGCCUACUAUCAUCGUUGGGGAUUUCACUAGUUGCGAAUUUCCAGUCAGCACUUGCUUUGAAUAGACAAUCUAAUCCGUUUUCCUGUUUACUUCCUCAAUUUCAGGAAACUGCUGUUUGGGCUGUUCAUCUCACAGGAGCCGCUCUGUUGUACUGUUGUGGCCUGGUCUACUUUGCGAUCGUCACCAAUGUUUCUCACCACUACCUUGACUCUAAACAAUGGGCUUUGAGGGUGGUCCUUUGUACAUGUGCCACCAUUUCUGCCUUCAUUCUGCCCGUCGCAGGUACCGUAGCGCGAUUCAUGUACGAUGGGAAGAAUAUACGUAAAUGGACACCAGAAGACAGGGGUUAUGUCUACCAUGCUAUCAGUAGCUUUGCUGAGUGGAUGCUCGCGAUCUGCUGUCUUGGCUUCUCCCUAACAAUGGUAGCAGAACUGAAGGAUUACAGCAUACUGGCGGUUAAACUGAAGCACCACCGAACAAGGCACAGCCGCGACAGCACCCUCACACUUACAGAGUGAACGCGCUACUAUUAAUGUCUCAGUAGUCCAAAAAGAACCUUUAUUCGGAAGUACCUCCGGAUGCAACGGUAUUUGUCUCCGAACGCCAGAGAGGCCAAUUAUUCAUCUACUUUUUGUACUAUAUCUUUUCAGUAACCAAUUUAUCUGAAGCCCAUGUGAAAUUUCAUGAUUACCCACUUGGUGCAAUAAACGUUAUUCAC